CAUUGGAUGUUGGACACACGCGGGCUUUCCAGGAAACUGACCUUGAGUCUAGUUCCAUUGCCAGUUUACGUUCGCUGCAUUUUUGGAUCAAUGUAAUGUCUGUUCCUCCUCCUCCACCUCCGCCGCAACUCAAGUUCACAAGGCCACCUCCCAAACAGAUUUCUGAGUCUUCUGGCCCAGCAUUUUUGGCAGAUAUUAAAGCUGGAAAAGCCCUAAGGAAGGUUCCGGAUUCUGAAAAAAGGGAUAGAAGUGCACCAUUGGCAUCUAAAUGUACAGAUCGUAACGAUGCAGGAAGUGGUUCAGGUACAGCGUCGUCUAUUUCCGGUGGAGUUUGUCCACCAAUGGGUCUUCCAAAUCCUUUUGCAAAUGGAGCACCGAAAUUAAGACCAGUUGGCUCUGUAGAUGUUUCACGUAAUACAGUUCAGAAUUCAGUGACAAGACAACCUGUAGGUGGAUAUGCAAAAAAUCCUGCACCACCGCCACCACCACCCGCACCUCCACUACCACAGUCUUCCCCACCACCAUCUCCGCCUCCAGCAUCAUUUGUAUUUCCGAACACAAUUUCUUCAGAUAUACCGUCAACAACACCUUAUACAAUGUAUCAACGUCCUAAUCCAGUGUCCAAUGGGAUUUCAGCUAUUCGUAAUGGACCCUCACAACCACAACCACAAGCAACACCACCACCACCUCCAACACCUGCCAGACCAUCAUUUUCUUCAAAACCAGCUGAUUAUAACUAUCCUAGGUCAAAUUUUUACAGAAGACUAUCUACAGAUUGUUUUAGUCAGGCGAGUACAAAUAUCAUGCCAAACAGUUCAGUACAGACUAUCACACAUUCAUCAACAAUACCGAUAUCACCUCCAGUAACAAUAAUGAAUAAUAAUAAUGAUAGCAAUACUCAUACUAAUCCUAACAACAAUAUAAUACUGAGUUAUACUGUUAGUGGUAAUGUUACUAGUGGGUAUACUGCUGUUGUAUCUCCAUCCCCACCACCUCCACCACCGCCGCCACCACCACCACCUCCUUCUGGACGUUCUCCACGACGAAAACAGAGUAAUUCGAAUCGUUAUCAGCGAGUUGGUUCAACCAAUACCGAUAUGAAUGGGAUACCUGUUGGCCAGUCGACUAAAGUAAUACGUAUCUCAUCAUCUGGUGGUAGCAGUUUGAACGGGAAUUACAAUGGAGAGACAAUGACGUCAACAAAUCCAUUAUUACCAUCCUGUGUAUAUGAUUUGAAUGUGCCACCAGCGCCGACGACAACAACGAUGAUGAAUUCACGUGCUCAUCCGACACCACCGCCGCCGCCACCGCCUGUUGGAAAUGAAUUUUUAAACAAUAAUGGCAAUAAUCAUAAUAAUAAUAACAACAAUAUAGCCAGUCUUGUACGUCAAUUUGAAGCUCGUUUCACAUUUCUUGAUAUUGGAAAUAUUCCUGUGCCUAAAGCUUAUCAUGGGCCUAAAACAUAUCGAAGUACUGCAAGCAUAAAUCAUAAUAUUAAUAAUAAUAAUCAUGAUGGACAUCGUACUCAAGUACCGCAUCGAGUAGCUCCUUCAGCGCCAAGAAAUUACUAACUAACUAACCAACCAACCAACCAACCAACCAAACUAACUAACUCCCUUGUUAGAUGAACACAAUUCACUAUUAAGUAAAAUGAGAAAUCAAUUCCUAUAUUAUCGAUUUUAUAAUUUACUAUACUAUACCAAUUACCCCAAAUACUGGGUGGAUCACGUGGGUGCGGCGGGGCGGGGCGGGGCGCAGCGUGUUGACGCAAAACAAUCGCAAUGCGGUGU